AUGGGUUGUGGUGCGUCCGUUACCAGAGGGUCUGCUGACCCUAAAAAACCUUCAACUCCUGCUCGUCAACAAUCAAGAAUUCAAACACAGGCUACUGAAGUUCCAACUCUCAUGGAUUCAUUGCAAGGUCACAUGCCGAAUGAUAAUACUCAAGAUGAUGACGCAGGAAAAAUGAUUCAUAUAAUAACUCUAGAAAAUGGUUUCUUUCCGGAAGAAAUGCCAGAACGUAUUGAAUGCGAUGAUAUUGUUGAAUUUACGAUUAAAGGAAAUGAUGAAUAUGAUAUUUUUGAAGUAUAUAAAGCUGGUAAUGAUUAUUAUCCAGUAUCUAAUGGUUAUGAAUUAUUUAAUAUAAAAAGUCGUACACCAGAAAAUGAAAGACGUCUAUUACUUCCUUUUGCUCUUAGUCAAUCUCAAAUUGAAUUAUAUUUUUGUAUUAUUCCAUCAUCACAACGUCAAAAAUUACCAGAAACACGUAAAUGUCCAAAAGUUAAUUGUGAAAAAAAUCGUCUUAUAGUUAAAAAGCCUGAAAUAAAAUUUACUUUAACUGACGAAAAAGAAAAUCAAAAAGUUUAUUUGCAUAAAGGUGAUACCAUUGAUAUAGAAUGGACAACAACAAGUGGUUCCAGUUAUCGUAUUGAAGAAAAAAAAUAUUGUCCUGUAUCUGGUGGUCUUUAUACAGUUGUUCAAACUUCUGAUAAUGCAUCUUAUCGAGCUUCAUCGAAAGGAAAAUUUUCUAAAACAUUUACUGAAUUUGGUAUGUCAUUUUUAUUUCGUUUAACUGAUACAAAUCAAAUUCAUGAUAUAACUGUUUGUAUUGUUAAUGAUACAUAUAAAAUGAAACAGAUAGAAAUAACAGAUAAUAAUAUUCAACCAAAUAUUAUUUGGUUGGACGAGAAUGAUUGGAUAAGAUUUUCAUGGAAUGGAAAACAUAAACAGACUGUUGUAGAAAUUGAACCAUUCACCGUUAGUGAAGAUAAACAACAAUCAAUUGAACUUAGAACAAAUGGAGAAAAUUUCUUUUGGCCACAUGAACCAUCACGUGGUGGUUGUAUGUAUCAUCAGUUUAUUAAAGCAGGAGUAUAUUGUUUCAAAAUUGGAGAUAAUCAAAUUGGUACAAUUAUUGUUGAACUACGUAAAACUAUUCGUCAUAUACCACUUUUUGGUGAUCAAUUAAUUUAUCAAAUGAAUACAAAUGAUUUAGUACAGUUUGAUUGGAAAAUGAACGAUUCACAAGAACCAUUAUUAAUUACUAUUGAAUCACUUUCAUCUGUAGUACCAGAUGCUUCUGGUGGUCCUAGUGGAUUAUUUGAUUGUGCCUUACAUAAAUGUGUUAAAGUCGAACCAUUGUUUCGUCAUCAUUUUUAUACAUGUGAAAUAUAUUUUUUACAUAUUCCUCGACAUGGUCUCUACAACUUUGCUUAUUCUGACAGCCAAGAUAAUAGUCUUAUAAGUAUUAUUGUUGAAAAUAAUGUUGAUAGUCAUCGUGUUACUUAUAAUGAACAAAAUAUAUUCGAACCUGAUAUGUUAAUAAUAAAUCGUUUUGAUCAAGUAUGGUUUGAUUCAUCGUCAAAAACUGUUGCUAAUAUUUAUCAAACAAAUGAAUUAGGUAAUCGAUUAGAAACAGAAAAAAUAUUAUUUCAACCUCAAGCAAAUAGUAUUAAUUAUUAUAUGAAAGAAUUUCAACAAUUAGGCAUUUAUUAUUUUUCAACCGAUAUAAAUAAUACUGAUAAAAAGAAAAAUAUACAAAAUUCAACUCUACCAUUGACUGUAGUUGUUUUACCAGAAAUACGCUUUCAUUAUAAAUCAAUAAGUAAAGAUAAUUUUGAUAGUGAACCAACAAGAACAAAUAUAAAUGAUUUUGUUUUUUGGCAAUUCGAUCAAAUUAUUUCUCAUAAAAGUAUACAAAUAAAUCCAGAUGUAACGUUAGAAGAAUUAAUAUCUUGUCAUGAGCAUGCUGUUGCCGGAAGAAAUCGACAAUGUCUUGCUGUUGAAUGUAUAGUUCAAGGAACAUUUUAUUUUGCUAAUCCAGAAUUUGACCGAGUUAGUGGUUCAGAAGACAGUCGUCUUCUAUCAACAAUUAUUAUUGAUCCACCAUUUUGUCAGAAUAGUUUUAUUACUACCAGCCAUCAGUUUGUUCCGAAUAUUUUAUAUAUUGCACAGAACGAUACUGUUUCAUGGACAUUAAAUAUUAAUGAACGAAAUCAUCGAAUUUAUGUACAAUCAAAGGACGAUGAUGAAGAAAUUGAUGAUGAAAAUUUUAUUGAUAAAAAGCUUUCUGAAUAUGUACCUGGUGUUCAUCAUUUACAUACAUUUAUUGAACCUGGAAAAUAUAUUAUUCGAUCUAAUCGUUUUCAGAGUACAGCAGUUGUGUUUGUUUAUACGGAGAGUACUAUUCGAAAUCAAAAGAGACAACUUCAAGAACCUCGAAUACUCGAAGAUAUUGAUCCUAGAAGUGAAUAUAAUACACAAAUUCAUUUGUCUUGUCCAGAUCGAAAUGCGACUAUUUUUUAUACUCUUGAUGGUUCACCUCCAACACGACAUUUUGAUAAUGUUUUUAGAUAUGAUCCAAAUGAAGGUGUAUGUUUACGUGAACAAGGUUUAAAUAUUAUACGUGCUUUUGCCAUUGAAGAUGAAAAAAUAUCAAGUUGUAUUAUAACGAGCAGUCCAACAUUUGUUUUGGAGAAUAAAGAAGUUGCAGUUAUGGAGAAACUUCGAACUUCAUGGAAUGAAUGUACAAUAAAACUUUCGGCUUCACUAAAACAUCCAAAUACAUUAUAUGGGAACAUUGAAAUUGAACCAAAGGAGUCAAUUGAGUUUAUUAAUCAUAUUGAAUUAUAUAUUAAUGAUGUUGCGCUAAAAGCAAAUAUAGAACUGACAAAGUUGAGUUUUUCAGCAGAAGGUUUUGCUGGUGGAGAACAAUAUGAAAUAUAUGUCGUUGCUUAUCCAAAAGAUAAUAUUACUAAUGUUCAGCCGAUUUCAUCAGAGAAACGAGCAUUUGCAAUACCGCGAGAAGUUCUUGGUGGUGGACCAUUAAUUAGUUUAGCUUUGUCAAAUGAUCAAAGUACAUUACUUUUAAUGUGGGCGCAUAUCGGUGAUCAUAUUAGUGAAUAUAUUGUUUAUGUUGAUGAUAUUCAAACAAAAAUUAUUACUGAACGAGAUUUUAAUGAUUUUUAUGGUAUUCAUUUUCAUGGUGCACAACUACGUAAAAAUUAUUCAUUUCGUGUUGAAGCGAAAGUAAAAGAUACUCAUGAAAUUCGUAAAUCUAAUAGUAUCACCGUGAGUGCACCAUUAUAUUUACCAGUUAAAGAGGCAGUACUUGAUCGAUAUUUUCCUUAUCUUAUAAUCAAUGAUGAAAAACCAAUAUCUAACAUGAAUAUUGAAAAGGGUUCGGAUCAAUUAUCUUCAAAAUUAUCUGUCAGAAAUUCUUCUCCUUCUUCGUCUGCUCCUCCUUCUCCUGCAGCCUCUUCGCGGCCAAGUAUUCAUAAAGUUGAUUUGAACCAUGCAUCAUUAAAUACGAGUGAAAUCAUUCCUCAAAAAAGUGAUGAUUAUGAUAAUGAUAAAACUGAUAAUCUAAAAGAGCAAGAACAACAACAAGCACCUAUUUCCAAUGAAACAUCAAUAAUGCAAGCAGAAAGUGAUGAAAAUACAGAAGACUCUACAACAGAAAAACUUGAAACAACACAACAACAACAAAAUCAAAAUUCUAUUUUAUCUGAUGAUGAUAAACGUCGAGCACGAGAUCUUCUUAAACAAUUAACACGACAGAUUGAAAAUAGUCGGAAACAAUCAAAUUCAAAUUCUACUCAUCCACAUAAAUCAUUUCCUGGUACUCAACAUUAUAAAGAUGAUCAACUCAUUUCACAACGAUCUUCAGUUUCUUCUCAUGAUCCAUUUACAGAUAGACUUCCACCUAAAUCACAAAGACGCUCAGCAACAUUGAAUAAAAACCUCAAUCAAAACGAUAAUACAAUGUCCAAUGACGCUUCAUAA